AGUUUGAUGCUCAGUCUGAUAAUCUCCUAACAAGUAAUGCUUUCAACACUGGUCAGCAAGAUGAACAAGACCGUCUUUGGCUGUGAGAAGCUGACUGUGGCUGUGCUGCUGGGACUGGCAGUGCUCACCGUGAUUGAAAAAUCCCCAUUUGCAGAUGCUCAGAUUCCAGUCGACUGUUGUCUUUCUUAUGCAAGGAUCAUGAUACCUGUAAAAUCAAUUAUAGGCUACAUCAGACAACACUCAAAUGAACUCUGCAGGAUUGACGCAAUCAUAUUUCAUACCAAAAAGGGACGAAGUUUAUGUGCAGAUCCAAAGCAGGGGUGGGUGCAAAAGCAUAUUAAUACUUUUCUCAGGAAAGAACUGAAACUGAAUAAACAGCACCUUUAAAAUGAUCAUCCGUUGAAUUGUUUUCACAUUUUGUUAUUCUCUUGCAUUUUAUAAUUGACUUGCAUCUUUAUCAAGAAGCUGUAAACGCAUUCAGAUUAAAAUCAUUCACAACCAACAGGUAAAUAAAGCAAUAGUAUAGUUUUGAAUUGAUUGGUAGCAUGUAAUAUGUUGUGUAUUGAAUUUUGUAUUUUAAAUAUUUGAAGAAAUUAAGCCAAAUGUUCUGUACAGAUAAAUAAAAAUGUGUGUGAAACC